UUUCAGAUAUCAUUGGGAUGAUGUUAACCUCAUGAUGGUUAAUACUCUUUUCUACAUCAUUUCAUCAGUUAACUUGACCGUAUACAAGGACUAAGUGUAUUUGUAUAUCUUUGCAAUAUUGCGUGACCGCUUCCAGAAUGAAUGACCACGCCCGACCCCGCCGCUCCAAAUGGGACACGCCCUCAACCAUGGUUCCUGCUCCUGCCCUUGCCCCCGCCCCUGCCCUUGUCCCCGCUGCUCCUAUGAUUCCCUCUCAGUACCCUGCUACAGCAGCACAGUUGUUGGAUGGGCAGGUCAGCAGUCUUGAGGCCGCAUCAGCAGCAGCGGCUAGAAUCAAUGCUAUGCUGAUAUCCAAGGGCAAGCUGAAGCUCCCUCCAGGCAUCUUACCAGCAGAGCCAGAUAACAAACAGAAACAAGUCAAGCUGCCGGUGAAGGAAGAGAAGGGCAAGAGUGAACCGCUGGUUGCGGAAGUUGAAAUCAAUGAAGUACCCAUUCAAUGUCGUAACAUGCUCACUAAAGGAUCUACACAAGAGGAGAUCAGUAGAUUAACAGGUGCGGCUGUAUCAACAAGAGGGAGGUACAUGUCAUAUGCAGAUAGAGCAACAAAUAAUAUGGGAGAGAGGCCAUUAUAUCUAUGUGUACAAGGACCAACAAGGGAGAGUGUGGACAGAGCGGUGGAGCAUAUCAAGGCAUUAAUAGGGGGUGGCAUACAGAACAAGGGUGUGGCUACAACAGGUAACAGGACCCGGACCAGGUUUAGUGCAGCCACCACUGGCCCAGCAACGGCAGUAAACACCAGGCCCCCAGGAGCACCCAUCUUCAGUCGACCCCCUGCCCCAGGACUAGGGGCACAGAUGAGGGCACCGGGUGUAGGAGGGGAUGUCAGGGGGCCUGCAGGAGGGGUGCGUGGUCCAGGGCCUAACCCCAUGAUCCCACCUCCAGCAAUCCAACUGGCAAUCCAAGCUGCACAGUCUUCAGGGCAUUACUUACAAGAUAAAGUAUUUAUUGGCUUGGAACAUGCAGACCCAUCUUUUAACAUGAAAGAAAAGAUCCAAGGUCCCGGAGGUUCCUUCCUGCAGCACAUCCGAGCGGAGACCGGUGCCAACAUCUACCUGAGAGGGCGUGGCUCUGGUUUCAUGGAGCCCACGUCAGGGCGCGAAGCCUUCGAGAAUCUCUAUAUGUACGUCACUCACCCUAAAGCAGAUGGUCUCCAGGCAGCCAAGAAACUCUGUGAAAACCUUGUCACAACUAUUCAAGCCGAGUAUGUGGCACAUCAAAGUCUACUCUUCCAAAGAUCAGCACCUGCCUUAGCUGCUGCCCACAUGAUAGCACCACCAGCUCGUCCAGGCCAGCCGGUGGGGCAGGCCAUCCCUCAGCCUCCCUCUCAGCAGCUGCAACAGCCUGGAGCAUUGGGAUUGUAUUCACAAGCUCAACCGACGGUCCCUGCUGUUAGUACGGCUUUUAGUCAAACACUGGCUGCUCAACAACAUGCCCAAGCAAUCCUUGGUGCCCAGAGGCCGGUGGUCAGUACAGCAGUUAGUGGUCAGCCUGGAAUUGUCUAUCCUCAUCUCAUUGCUCAACCUCAGCCUGGACUUCCAGGACAACCAGGAUUAGCACUGCAAGCUAGGGCCCCUCAGCCUGUUCCUGCCCCGGCUCCUGUUCCCCCUCCUCAACGUCUUCCCCCUCCCAUUCCCCAAGUGGUUGUACCAGCAGCCUCCCAGGCCCAGAUUUAUGCAGCACAGGUUGCUGUGUCUCAGAGUCAUCAAAGCCUUGCCCAAGCUCAGGCCCAAGCUGCAGUUCAAGCAGCACAGGCCCAGGCUCAAGCCCAGGUCCAUUCCCAGGCCCAGCUUGCUCAAGCUCAAGCCCAGCUUCAGUUACCAGUCAGUGUUGGGAUAGCAGUGGGUCAGCAGGUACUACAGCAACCUUUAGGACCACCUCCCCAACAACAGCAACAACUCCAGCAACAGCCACAGCAAUCUGCAAAGAGGAGAUUCAGAGAAGAUCUGGUUCCUGAGAGACCGGAGCACCAUCCACCCCCAAUGACUAAUCUAGGUGUCUCACCCCCUGGUCACAGUCCAUUGGGUAUCGCUGGAGCCAUGGCUGGAGUACAGGGAUCGUUACUCGGGUUACCAGGGCAACCACCAGAAGAUAGAAGGUUGAUGCCUCCACCACCUAACCCCCAUGCCAUGCGAGAUGCAGCAAGGAAACGAUUACUGCCCCCACAGGGCUUAGAUAUUCAUGGAGGUAGGAUACCUUCACCAGAGGAAUCACGGAUAAAGCGGGGACGGCUCGUCUCCUACGACACCAGCGGAGACUCCGAUGAAGAUGAAGAUGCUGCCGGACGUGCCAGGACUCGCUUUGAUGCUGGGCCUCGCUUUCAGCCGUCACCAGCAGGAGGUUACAUGGCGCCUCCUCCCCGGGGACUUCCUCCACCGUCAUCGCACUCCACAUCGACUUCGACAUCAUCCUCAUUCUACAAAGUGGAACGAAGGGAACCAGGUCCAGGGGGUUCUCCGUUUUGGAUGGCAAGGAAUUGAUCAAACUUGAUGGGAUGAAAGAGAACUAUAAUGCAUUGUAUCUAUUUCAAGGUUAUGAACAUUUUAGAGAGGCUUGUGUUCUUUAUGUGAUAAUCCGAAAAGUGACACGUGCUUUUCUUCCAUCUCGUCUUUUAUUUCAUAAGUAGGUGAAUUGCAUGAAAAUAGCAAAUCCUGGAAAUAGUAUGGUCUUCUCUGCAUUGUUCGUACCACAGACGUCAGAAGGUAUUGCAAGGAAAAAUGCUGCUUUGUCAAAUAGCAAUCCUACAUUCAACAUUCUUUGCCAUUGAAAUAUGGACUUAUAUAUGGCUGAUGAUAAGUGAAGGUAUUGGUUUAUGUGAUAAUUGAAAGGCCUUUCCUUUCCUGUGUUGUAUACUGAUAGUUCACACUUACGUAUCAUGUUUUAUGUCUUGAGUGAAUUGCAUUUUGAUUUAUUUUUCAUGCAGAAACUGUUUUGCUUGACUACUUACAUGUAAUCAUGCUUGUUGAUGAUUGCGUCAAGAAUCAUUAGAGGAGAAUAAGUUUUUGAAGAUGUUAGCUUCUUUUACUCGCACUAAAAAGAAAGAAACAUGACAAUAAUUUUGUAUCAGAACUGUAAUUGAUAUUUAUUGAUUUUCAUUUUAAUUCAAUAACACAAAUUUUAAUGAUUCAAGCAUUAUUUAUCUUCCGAAUUUUCUUGAAAUGAAUAAUUACGGAUAUUGUUUCAUUGACUUUAAUAUAACACCUAGGAGAUGAAUUAUGGUGUCACUUGCUUUCCAUAGUUUUGGUCGAUUUGAACCAGUUCCACUCUUUAUAAUACAUGUAUACUGCAGGGCAUCAGAUUGUUGAGGUUGAAAUAAUAUUUUCAACUCUGAUAAAAAGCAAGCAAUACAUGCAUGUAGAAUUCGUUAAGGUAUAAUUUGUUAAAUCUUUAAUUAAGAUAUAUGUUUUCUUUAUAUUUAUUUCAGGGAUCAGGAAUUGUGUGGCUUGGUUUACCAUAAUCAUUGUCUUCAUUAAUCAAAAUUUGAUUAUCCAGUUCUUUUUUUUUCUUUUUUUAGGGCAGUUUUAUGAAAGACUAAUACUCAUGAAUCAAGGAUGUAAUCACUUUCAUUUUUAAAUGGUUGUUUUUUACCUGACUACUGAAAAAAUGUAUUCUCAUUUGAAGAGAAGUAUUAUUCAAAUCAUUCUGUGGAAAACCAACCGCACCAUAAUCCCCUAUCUAGAGCAGUAUGUCCAAGAAAUAGUGCUUUCAUAGAUGAUGUAUGCCCAUGAAUGAACAAUUUGCCAAUAAUUGUAGUUUUUAUUUCACUGUAAGCUUAUGAUGUAUGAUGUCACUGGCUUUCCAUAGUCAAGAUUGAUUUGCUUUAAUGGCUUUGAUUCCUUGCAAAUUAUUGUUCACCUGUAGGGAUUUUAAAAAAAAACUGAGUUAUAUGUCUUGAAUAUGAAACAUAAUUAUUUGAAGGCCCAAUGCUCUACAAACCUGCCACAGCAAUAUCUCCUAUCAUAUCUCAUGACCUAAUCAAUUGAUGUGUAUAUUCUAAAAUGAGCCACAAAUUGGAAAACUAUGAAAAUCGCUAAUCAGAUCAUUAAGUCUUUAUUCUAAACUACAGUUUCCCCAAGUUGGUAUAAGACCUAGCUGGUUGGAGUAAACAGCGGUAUACCGUGAAUUAAAUUACUUUCCAUUCGCAAUGUCAGAGAAUCUGCAAAUCAGUUCAAUUUGUUCUUUGGCUACAUCAUGUGUGAGAGAAUUAAUUUUUAUUUGUCUUUAUGUUUGGGGUCAGUAUUACAUGAGUAUGUCUUUGUGCCAAGUAUGUACAUGUAUGUCAUCAUUGAUUGUACAGUGUAUGUACAUGCCAUUGUGAGUGUGAUUUGAAUUUCUAUUAUCCAUUGGUGGUUAUGAUUAGAAAUAUGACAAGCUGCUUUGUAAAGAAAAAUGACAAAAAUUAAACAUCACUUUGUGCAAAAGC